UUCAGCAGGAAGUAGAGCCUGUUACCUUCAACAAGACUAGCAUUGUUGUGAACUUUUCGUCUGGACUAAAUAUGGAGAGUCCGGAGUUAACAUUUACUUUAGCCUACACCGUUUUCUCUCUCUGUUUCGUAUUUACGCCCAACGAGUUCCGUUCGGCAGGUUUGACUAUCCAGAACCUUUUUUCCUCCUGGCUGGGAAGCGAGGACGUGGGCUUCAUCCAGUAUCACGUCAGGAGGAGCAGCGUCACCCUGCUGGUCCACUCUGCACUGCCACUCGGUUACUAUAUGGGCAUGUGUAUCGCUGCUCCAGAGAAACACCUGACGUAUGUUCACCAGGUGAGUGACGGCUGGAGAGUGUUUCUUAGUCUCUCAGUGUGCCUCCUGCUGGGCAGCUGGACGCUCAUCAUCUACUGGUCUCGCCAUCACUGGUCCAACCAUCCGAUGAGCAGAGCUCUGCAGGCCCAUGUCCGGCCUCCUCAUGCUCACUGGGGCUCGGUGGCCAGCAGCAUCAACACGGAGUUCAGACGCAUCGAUAAGUUUGCCACAGGGGCACCUGGAGCCCGAGUUAUUGUCACAGACAGCUGGGUGUUAAAGGUGACCACCUAUCACGUGUACAUGGCUGCACAAAGUGACUGUCAUGUCACUGUGACCCAGUCCACCCAGCACCAGCUGAGCCCUGACUCCGCCUCUCCCUUACAGCUGCUCACAUUGAGAGUGCACAGCAUCAAUCCUGCCAUUGAACCCUUUGAUAUCAGGUUGAACUCUACAGAGUACGCAGAGCUCAGGGAGAAGCUGCACGCUCCCAUCAGGAACUCAGCCAAUGUAGUCAUCCAUCAAACCAUUAGCGAACUUUUCCUGGAAACAUUCCGAGCUCAGGUGGCGCUCAACCAGCCCUACCUGCUCCCCAGUGGACAGGAGGUGGAGCCCUGUAUUGGCUGCAUGCAGGUUCCAGCAAACACCAAGCUAGUCAGACUCUGCUGCCUGGAAGGGGCUGACACAGAGUCUGAGUGCGAACAGUGUUUCUGCAGACCCAUGUGGUGUUUGUCCUGUGUGGGUCGAUGGUUCGCCAGCCGCCAAGACCAGCAAAGACCUGAGACCUGGUUGUCCAGCAUAGUCCCCUGCCCCACAUGUCGAGCCAAAUUCUGCAUACUGGAUGUUUGUGUGGUACACUGAUGCAUACACACACACACAUAUCGUCCAAAACGGACAAUAGCCUCAGCUUAUAUUUUCUAAUUCAGUUGGCAUCAGCAUAUGUUGUAUUGAGACUGUGAUGAUUGAGAAUUUAAAAAAUCUGCAAUGCAGUUUUAAAUUCUUGUUUUGGCAUAGGAUGUAUAUAAUACGUAUUUCAAGCUGGAAUAGAUUACUUCUGUCUUCCAUGAUUUUUAUAGAGAGUUUCAUUUUAAACAGCCGACAUGCGUCACUCUGUAUGUGUGGACAAUCAUGAGGUCCUUGUCCUGGUGUAGAGUAACUAUCUCCAAAGGGUGAAAAUGUGUCCCAACAUGUAUCCUGACUACUAUCUUAGUUGCUCAGACGCACGUGCGUCUGAGCAACUAAGUCAUUGAUCAUUUGACCAAAGAUGAUAACGUUUUGCAUGUAUCCGAAGCUAACUUAAAAAUGUCAUUUACAUUGAAUCAGUUUCUGAAUCUUACACUCCAGUGUUUUUUUUUUUGCUGUGUCGCUGGGGUUCGAGCAGUUCAUUGCUUCAGUCCUAAUUUCCAUUCAUUGGAGUUCACAUCGUCUUCCACAUCAAAAUCACUUGGUUGAAUUGUUUGAAGUGAUGAGCUUGGUUCAAAUGGCUCCAAAAGAAUUCCCCAACUUGUUUCAAGCUACAAUUCUUAGAUCUUCACCCAGUUUCUUCCCAAUGUUGUAACUUUGUUGAGUGUUGGUUGAUCUGCUGCCAUCAAUCAAAACUGGAACUGUUUUAUGUAAAUGUAUGUAUGUGUGUUUUCCCCCUUUGUGAUUUCCGUUUUUUUUUGCAUGUUUGUCACUCUUACAUGUUUCAGAACAAAUUGAAAUAUUAGCAACAACACAACUAACACAAAAUGCAGUUUUUAAUUCAAAGUUUUUAUUAUUAAGGGAGAGACUCCCCAAUCCCUCACCCACCCCCAAGAAAGUAAUUGAGAUCUAUCAGUCUGGAAAAGGUUAUAAAGCCAUUCUAAAGCUUUGGGACACCAGCAUGGUUUGCUGCAGUGAGAGCUAUUAUCCACAAAUGGUGAAAACAUGGAACAAUGGUGAACCUUCCCAGGAGGGGCUGGCCAACCAAAAUUACCCCAAGAGCGCAGCCACGAUUCAGCCAAGAGGUCACAAAAGACCCCACAACAGCAUCCAAAGAACUGCAGGCCUCACUUGCCUCAUUUAAGUGUUCAUGACUCCACCUUAAGAAAGACACUGGAGAAAAAAUGGCCUGAAUGACAGCAUUCCAAGACGAAAACCACUGCUGAACAAAAAGGCUCGUCUCAGUUUUGGCAGAAAACAUCUUGAUGAUCCCCAAGACCUUUGGGUUGUGUUGUUUACCGCUUGGUGUUGCCUGUCAGAGUUGCAUUGUAAAAUGGUACAGAAUAAAUUUUAAUGUGUUUAUUUAUUUUCA